AUGUAUCAUGAGCUACGUCCUCUUAUUCCUAGCGCUGUCACUUACAACACACUUUCUCGAGAUCUGCUCACGUGUCCAGGGGAAGCAGAUACAGAUAUCCCCAAUUAUGUCGAACCCACAGACAUGUUCAAGUUGGCAAAGGUCUUUGUGCACCUUGGUCGCGUGUCGCUAGUUGGUCAUAUAGAAGAUCCUCCGGAUGAUUUACCCAUUAGCACUGCCCUCGACUCUGAAGAACUAGCGGAAGCUACUAGAUUCAGUAAUAGCGAACAAGAAAGGCGAGACCAGGGUUGCUUUGCGCUACUAAUUGAGUCGACAAAACUACUUGGGCAAGUUCUAAAAAACACAUCUUCAAGACAAAGCAAUUUUCUCAAGAAUCAGGCGUUCCAGUUGCAUGAACAGAUCAACCAGCUUGAUAAUACAUUGAAAUCAUUAAUACUUGCUUCGGAAAAUGAAGCAGCUAAGUGGGAUCUUGAUAUUCAGAACCAGCUUUUUCCUUGCUAUAGUGCAAUUUUAGUACUGCACCAGUAUCAUUACAAGCGCGUCAGACAGCGCAGUAUUGGUUUGGAGUGGGACAACGAGAUGCAUCUUGCUAUAAAGCCAAUCGUAGACAGAGUCAUCUUAGCAUGCAAAGAGAUCAUCCAGCAGCCGGAACAGAAGUUGGACUUUGCAUCACCCUUCCUUUUGCACAGCAUCUACACUGUAGCGCUGGCAGGCUCAAAUCAGCACAGAAUGUCAAUGGAAAACAAAUACAUGCUGCAGAAAGCGCUCGAAAAGCUUAGUGGCCGAUGGAAAGCAGCAGGCGCUUACCUUGAGAUGUUGGAGGCAUACAGAGUACUACGGCUAUAA